UUUCAUCUCCUUCGGAUUAUUUUUCUAGUGCUGAUAGCGAUCUAUGCGAGCUUGAUGCUGAACAUUUCAAGCGUUAUUUUCGAAAGAGUUGCUUGCCUUCAUCAAUUUCGCUCUGUACCUGAGCCACAACGGAUGAACGGCUUGUACGUGGCAGUACGUAUAAUUGCGUGAGAUAAGACAUCUCUUUGAUCCUAAGAAGUUAUGCAGUAACUCGAUGUCGAUCGUGAUCAGUCCGCAGUGCGAGUGAACUGUGGUCACGCGGACAGGCAGGAGUGUGAACAAUGGCAGACAGGGUGCGCUAUAACAUAGCCUUCCUAGUUUCCAAUCUAGAUGCAUCCUUGAUCUUGGAACUCUUGCUGGAGAAUGAUGUGCUGGACGUUGAUGAAUAUGAUACUGCCUCUAGCAAGGAACACGUGAAGUCUGAUCUGACAAAGUACAUGGUGAGGCUGAUGCUGACGAAAACAGAGGAACAGGUCGACACGUUCCUGAGGCUCAUUCAGCACAGCCAGCCUCAUGUAGCGGAACAUGUCGCCAGUACCAUGGCAAAGCGACGCGAUCCAACUGCCAGUGGAAAAACUGACCAUCCGACGAAGCCAAUGUCGGCAGAUCAUGAGCCAGCACUUGGUUCGUCCUCCGCACUGCCAGAGUGGGUGAACUUCCGCACCAUCAGCAACAUUGAUCGAAUGGAGAGGCUAAAACGCAUCCGGGACAUCGUGGCCGAAUCCUCCCAACGUGUGCAUGAUGUUGGAUCCUACCUUCUGGAGAAGGAAUUCCCGGACAGUCCAAAAGCGGCGAUCACUGAUAGAGCCCAUCCGGAGACGAGCCCAUUUAGCUUGUUCGACGCAAUGACAAAGCUAUGGAUCGAGAAAUACCACAUACCGAGCGGCAGAGACAUGCAUAUGGCCGUUCAGAAUGCGGUUGGGCAUGGAUUGGCGGCGAACAUCAAGGAAUUCUGCCUCAACUCUGAUGGAGUCACUCCAGAAUACCUUUUUGAACUGGAAAGAGCAAAAAGAGAUGCUGCAAGGCGUGGUGACACAACAAGCGUCCGCUUCUUGCACAUUGCAAUUCUUGGAGCUGCACGUUGUGGAAAGACAAGCUUGCUGAAGACCAUACUGGGUGAAGAGCAUGACCCCGGUGAGAAGAGCACGCUUGGAAUGAAAACUUCAUUCGCCGUCACAACGAUUGAAAAUGGCCAAUUCAUAGUAUGCAGUGAUAUUAUUGAAGCGCUGCGGCAGCUGUACGUAACAACGAUACUGAAGGACGAACAAAGCGACUCUAAAAGACUGCAAGAAACAGAUCACUCCACUCCUCCACACGGUGAUGCCGCAAGGUCACAAGAAGUUACGUUUGGCGGAGCUGCACCAAUUCUUCCUGGAAAUCCUUCACGGCAAAUCCUCAUCAGUGAGCCUUCAGUAGGAGGAGAAGACUUCGUGCAACGUGCAAUAGAAGCCAUCCGUUCUUCAGACAUGGUGAAGUACAUCAAGGAAGCUGCUGCCAAACCUGACUUCACCGUGAUCACAUUUCAAGACCUCGCUGGUCAGCAGAUCUACCAGUCUGUACAGCCACUGCUCAUAAUGAAGAACACCGCAUUCAUAGUGGCGUACAAUGCAUCAAAGAAUUUGGAGGCGGAGAUCGAUGAGAAAGAGCUUGAAGAAAUGCAGAUGGCUCAAUCACCAAUCCUGCGUGCGACUUUGCCAAGUGAUGCUACCCACAUUGAUCAAGUAUUCUCAUGGCUCGACAUGCCACUCUUCCAUAGCAAAUCUGAUCACACAGACGAGACAUCAGGAGAUGUGUUCAUGGUCGGUUGUCAUGGAGAUGUCUAUGACGAAGAGAAGGUCAAGGAAACCCUGCCAGAUCCGAAAGGGUUGCUUCACAAAAGGAUCAAGGAAUCGCGGUACAAGCGACUGGUAUCUAAUCAAAAGUCACACUUCCUAGUCAACAACACCAAGUCCAAGUCAGGUGACGAUGAUGGUGCCAAGGCCCUGAAGAAGGCCAUUGCUGAUCGCUGUGAAGACAGCAGGCUCAACAUUCCUGUGACAUGGCUGCGCUUUUGCAUGGCCAUUGAGCUGUUGAAGACAACCAUCCAGCUACCAUGGCUGGACUUAAAAUGUGUUCAAGGCAUUGCUGAAGACCUGGAUGCCAUCGAGAGAGACGAUGAUGAAGGGAUGAAGGAACUGCUGAAGUAUGGCCACGAGUCCGGUCAUUUGGCAUACUUCCCCACUCGUGAACUCAAACACCUCGUUAUUCUGGACAAGCAAUUUGUCCUGGAUUGUGUGACUGCCCUGGCAUACGUCGACUUGGAGGACAGCUGCGAUGCCAUGUCGCCGUCUGAGUACGAUGAAGAACGCUAUGGCAAGGGCUUCAUAUCUGAAGAUUUGGCCAGGUUUGCCUUCAACCAAUUUGCCAAAAAAGCAGAGAAGACAGCACAUUGGAAACUGCUUCAGGACCAUCAAGAUGAAUGGAACAGUGCAUUCCAUAUUCUCCAAGAGCUGUCAGUCCUAGUUAUCACUCCGCGCACUGUUGGCAAUGGACAAAAGAAGCAAGAGUUCAUUAUGCCAGCAGUAGUACCGAACGAAGCACUAGAAGAAGCCAGAUCUGCUGAUCUGUCACCGCCAGCAUACAUAUGUCUUGAGAUGACAGGGGAAGAAGGACACCAAAUCCCGUUUCCUGUCUUUCUCUACUGGCAGUGUGUGGUUGAGAUGCUCAAGGAGUCGCCGAACCGCACCGAUUGUAGUGUAUCUUUCAAUGGAGUGCGGCUAUACUGGGUCAAGGAUGAUUGGCAGUGGUUACGGCUUAGCUAUGCCCGGUUCGGUCUAAGGGUGUGUCUGGAGCGGAGCUCAGAGGCACAGGAUUGUGCCAGCACAGGCCAGCCAGCGCUAGCACUGCUCAAGUCAACUGUUCAGAAUGUGCUAAGCGAAUGGUCGGGAAAGGGCAAGCUGCAGGCAAGCGUUGUGAAGGUUCUUCCAUGCCCAACGGACUGUAAGCACCCUUCUGGCGUGAAAUGCUUGGAGCAUGGGAGAAAGUCCUGCAACAACAGCUGCCCACAUGCUCUCCACAACGUGACUGUGGGUUUGGUGCCUGUUUGCCGUCUUCCUCGCCCUCCAGUGACACAGAUGAUACGCCAAGCAGCAAAGUUUUGGCUCGGCCUUGAGCAGGAUGCACAUGGAAGGCUGUUUGAGCCGAGAUCGACCUCUCUUCCUUCAGUGCAAGAUUCAAGUGAAGCUAGUUCUCCCACUCCUGCAACCGAUGGUGCUUCGCUUUGCGAUUUUAGGUGGAAGACACUGGCACAGAUCGAAGAUUGGCUAGACUUCGAGUCUGCACUCCAGAACUUUGUCACAGGCGAGGAAAGAAGAAAUCUUGGUAGAGCUGCAGUGAUCUUGGUUGAUGACGCGAUGAGGAACGUCUACGGUGCUGAACUAAACCGAUUCCAUGAAGCGAAUGCUGACGUAAUCCGUGGGGAAGGGAGAGGCAUGGAUAACCUAUUCUGCAUCAUUCUGUACCUCAUCAACAAGAGGCAGGGAAUGACCAUCAACGAACUGUAUGGAAUGCUGGCUAAACAUGCAGAAAGCCAUCGUCGCGAUAUCUGGAAGGCCCUCUCGGAAGCUGCAUACAAUGAUUGAGCAAGCACUGCGUUGGGAAAGGAACAGGGAAUCUGAGCAGAGGACAUGAUGGCUGACUCACCAAAGAUUAGUCAGUCAAUCGCAUUGCUCAGCUGCUGCAAUUGCAGUUACGGUAUUCUCGUUGUCCGCUGUUAUAAUGUUAUGUUCAUCUAUUUAUCAUUUAUUUACACCGAUCUAUCCAGUUGCAUUGAAAGCCCAUGGAGAAGGAGCCAUUUCCCCAAACCCGCGAUGGCUGGCUGGCAUGUGUUUCUUUUGCUGUCCAAGACCGAGGCUGUUAUUGCAACUUUCACAGUCAAUCAUCAAUCAAGAAUACCUGAAACUGCUGUUCUGCAGCUGCCAUAGCACUGACAGUAGUCACUGCAUUUGUCUCAGUCGCAUGGCAAACCUAUUCCCAACCCAAACAUUUACGUACAUGCGCACUUGAUUCUUUGAUUCUUGCCCAUGAGAAUCACUCAGCCUAUAUAUGAACCUUUCAUCUUUCAGUGCAACACCUUUGACUAUUCGAGAGCGGCAAUUAGAAAUGCAGGAGCGGAACGAGGUGUCACGUUUCCUGCACAAAAGAUAUUAUCUCAGAUACGCAAACCUGAACAAUGACAAUAAUAUCAAUGCGGCAUCGAUAUGCCGUGUUCAUUUUUCUAUAUUCUUAGACUAGUAUUUUCAAUUAUCUUGUGUCCUUCGUGGACAUUUGCCUUCA